AUGGUUGGCUCACUCGGUGUCCUCUCUGCGUCCAUGGCCAAGUCCUCCGUGUCCGAGUUCCUGCAGACCAUGGCCGCCUCCGCCGACGUACUGGCACUGGCCAAAGUUGAAGUUGAGUUGGGCGCGAUUCCUGAGGGCAAGAACGUCAUCAUCAAAUGGCGCGGAAAGCCUGUUUUCAUCAGGCACAGGACACAGGCUGAGAUCGAGGAGGCGCGUUCCUCGGACUGGAAAUCUUUCAGGGAUCCUCAGCCUGACGAGGACCGCGUGAAGAAGCCAGAGUGGUUGGUCAUGUUGGGCGUUUGCACGCAUCUGGGUUGUGUUCCCAUCGGCGAGGCUGGCGAUUUUGGAGGAUGGUUUUGCCCUUGCCAUGGCUCUCACUACGAUAUCUCUGGACGGGCUCGCAAAGGACCCGCUCCCCUUAAUCUCGAGGUGCCCGCCUACGAAUUCACUGAGGGGGAUGAGAAGGUCGUCAUUGGAUGA